AUGUCCAGUCCUAAAGCCGAUGAGGUUUUAUUCGCCUACAUUGCUGUGGCCCCUCACGCAGUGAGCCUGGUGCUGAUUCGGAUGGACAACGACAUACAAUGGCCCGUCUACUACAUGAGCAAAUCGUUGCAUAAGGCUGAGAUCCGUUACCUCCCCCUGGAAAAGGCCAUCCUGGCGAUCAUACGAGUCACGCGAAAGCUCCCCCACUAUUUUCAAGCGCACACAGUUGUCGUAUUAACCCAACUCCCGCUUAGGUUAAUACUCCAAAGUGCUGAUUACACAGGGAGAAUAGCUAAGUGGGGGACCAUUUUUGGCGCCUUCGACAUCAGGUACAUGCCUCGCAACGCUGUGAAGGGCCAAGUCCUUGCGGAUCUGCAAGGGCCCACCUGUUGGAAAGCAUAUGUUGACGGCGCAGCAAAUCAAAGGGACUCUGGGGUGGGGCUUGUCUUGAUUUCCCCCAAGGGGAUUACCAUCGAGAAAUCACUAAGGCUAGAUUUUUCGGCCACAAAUAAUAAGGCAGAAUAUGAGGUCUUGUUGGAAGGAAUGUCUAUGGUCGAGAAACUGGGCGAGAAAUCCAUAGAUAUGUUCUCGGACUCAAGACUUGUUGUAGGACAAGUAAAUGGGGAAUUGGAGGCAAGGGAUGAAAGAAUGCAAGAGUACCUGGUCCAAGCUAAACGCUUGCGGACGCGUUUUAACUAUUUUAGCCUAAUGCAUGUAUCUAGGAGCAGAAACACCCAUGCCAAUUCUCUUGCCACGCUAGCCACCUCCUCGGUGCAAUGCUUACCUCGAGUCAUACUCGUGGAAGAUCUACAUAAGCCCUCGGUGGUCAAGUCCAAGUUGAUGCAUGUUCACAGCAUCUGGGCAGGGCCUAGCUGGAUGGAUCCUUUAAUAUUAUUUUUAAAGGAGGACAUCUUACCCAAAGAGAAGAGCGAGGCUGACAAGAUUAGAAGAAAGGCUUGUCGAUUCUGGCUGUUCAAGGACUUGAAAUUGUAUAAACGCUCAUUUUCAGGACCGUACUUGCUAUGUGUGCACCCUGAUGCCACAGAGCUUAUCUUGGAGGAGUUGCAUGAAGGAAUUUGUGGGAGCCAUACAGGGGGCAGAUCCUUGUCCCAUAGAGCCAUAACCCAAGGUUAUUGGUGCCUGAGCAUGUAG